AACCUUGUACAGAUCACAAACAGUAAUAAGACUUUCCUGUCUAGGCUACAGUAUAUUGAGAUGCUAUGCUCCUAUAAAUGUUCUCCCUUCAUUUGUCUCUCUUUCCAAGCGUCUGGAUCGAGCAUGGUACGACUACGAAGGUGGUUACGACAUCAGUCAUAACGACCUGGCGGCCAUUCCCGAGGAGUACACCAAGAAGAAGGAGGAGCAACUGGCCAAGAACACCGUCAAGAGAAUGUCGGCUCAGCAGAGACAAAUCAACAAGGACAAUGCGAUGUGGGAGGAGAACAGAUUGCUGACCAGCGGAGUCGUCCGUAGACUCGAUGUGGACGAGGACUUCGCCGAGGAACAAGAGGGCAAAGUUCACCUGCUGGUCCACAACAUCGUCCCUCCGUUCCUGGAUGGGAGAAUUGUCUUCACUAAGCAAUACGAGCCAGUGGUUCCUAUCAGGGACCCCACAUCUGACAUGGCAGUGUUCUCCAAGAAGGGGAGUCUGUUGGUCCGUCGCUACAGAGAGGAGAAGGAGAGGAAGAAGGCACAGGCCAAGCACUGGGAGCUGGCAGGGACCAAGAUGGGAAACAUCCUGGGCAUCAAGGCCAAGGAGGAGCCGGGGGAGGGGGAGAAGGGAGGGGAGGAGAGGGAGAGGGAGGAGAGGACUACAAGUCUAGCCAGCAGUUUGCCAGCCACAUGAAGAAGGGAGGGAGUCAGGCCGCCAGCACGUUUGCAAAGACCAAGACACUCAAAGAGCAGCGGCAGUUUCUUCCCAUCUAUGCCAUUCGACCACAGCUGUUGUCGGUGAUCAGGGACAAUAACGUGGUCAUCAUAGUUGGAGAGACUGGCUCCGGGAAGACUACUCAACUCACUCAGUAUCUACACGAGGAUGGAUUCACCGACCGAGGGAUGAUCGGAUGCACGCAGCCGCGUCGCGUGGCGGCCAUGUCGGUGGCCAAGAGAGUCUCGGAGGAGAUGGAGACAGAGCUGGGGGAAGAAGUUGGAUACUCCAUCCGGUUCGAGGACGUCACCUCAAAGUCGACCAUAAUAAAGUACAUGACGGAUGGGAUUCUACUGAGGGAGAGUCUGAGAGAGCCUGAUCUGGACCAGUACUCUGCCAUCAUUAUGGACGAGGCUCACGAGAGAUCUCUCAACACUGAUGUCCUAUUGGCCUCCUCAGAGAGGUCGUGUCUCGAAGGAACGAUCUAAAACUGCUAGUCACAUCAGCGACAAUGGACGCUGACAAGUUUUCCAGCUUCUUUGGAAAUGUACCAGUCUUCAGGAUCCCGGGAAGAACGUUCCCAGUGGACGUCCUCUACAGUCGUAAUGCCUGCGAAGACUAUGUGGAGAGCAGCGUGAAACAGGCAGUGCAGAUCCACCUCCAGCCAUCGCGAGGAGACAUACUCAUGUUCAUGCCUGGUCAGGAGGAGAUAGAGGUCACUUGUGACUCCAUCGCUGACCGUCUGUCAGAGCUGGAGGACGCUCCUCCGCUGGCCGUUCUCCCGAUCUACUCCCAGCUCCCCUCUGACCUGCAGGCAAAGAUCUUCCAAAAGGCCCCCGAGGGUGUCCGCAAGUGCGUGGUCGCCACAAACAUCGCAGAGACCUCACUCACCGUUGAUGGCAUAAUGUUUGUUAUCGACGGAGGGUUCUGCAAGUUGAAGGUGUACAACCCCCGAAUCGGCAUGGAUGCCCUCCAAGUCUUCCCAAUCAGCCAGGCCAAUGCCAACCAGCGCUCUGGCCGUGCUGGAAGAACAGGAGCUGGGCAGUGCUACCGGAUGUACACGCAGGCGGCGUACAGGUCAGAGAUGCUGGUUGCCACGGUCCCCGAGAUCCAGAGAACCAACCUGGCCAACGUCGUCCUUCUCCUCAAGUCUCUGGGGGUCGAGAAUCUUCUUCACUUCCACUUCAUGGACCCUCCUCCACAGGACAACAUCCUGAACUCCAUGUUCCAGCUGUGGGUGUUGGGAGCUCUGGACGACACGGGCAGCCUCACUCCCCAGGGGAGACAGAUGAUUGAGUUCCCUCUAGACCCUCCUCUCUCCAAGAUGCUCAUCGCCUCUGUUGACAUGGAGUGCAGUGCAGAGAUACUGAUCAUAGUGUCGAUGCUGUCGGUGCCGGCCAUCUUCUACCGUCCCAAGGGGAGGGAGGAGGAGAGCGACCAGGCGAGAGAGAAAUUUCAGGUCCCGGAGAGUGACCAUCUCACCUAUCUUCACGUCUACCAGCAGUGGAAGACCAACCAUUACUCCUCACGAUGGUGCAACGAACACUUCAUCCACAUCAAGGCCAUGAGAAAGGUCCGAGAGGUGAGACAGCAGCUGAAGGACCUCAUGGAUCAGCAGAAGAUGACCCUGGUUUCGUGUGGUUCGGAAUGGGACAUUGUCCGCAAGUGCAUCUGCUGCUCCUACUUCCAUCAAGCUGCUCGAUUAAAGGGUAUUGGGGAGUACGUCAACUGUCGCACUGGGAUGCCCUGCCACCUUCACCCCACCAGCUCCCUAUUUGGAAUGGGGCUGACCCCUGAUUACGUCGUCUAUCACGAACUCGUCAUGACCUCUAAGGAGUACAUGCAGUGUGUGACAGUGGUGGACGGAGAGUGGCUGGCUGAAUUGGGUCCCAUGUUCUUCUCUGUCAAAGAGUCCAUACGAACGCGACAGGAGAAGAAGGUAGUUCUGAGAGAGAAACAGAGUGAGAUGGAGGCAAAACUAGAGGCAGCGUCUGAGGAGCUUCGGGAGAGGAGAGAGCAGGAGAAGGAACAACUCAAACAGAGUAUCAGGAAACAGACAAUCUGUACUCCAGGCAGAGUAGACUCAGCUACUCCCAGAAGAACUCCUAAGAGAAUGGGGCUCUGACAAACACACUCGCCAUUCAACUCAUCUUUCCACUUUAUUAUGAAAUUCGACUGUCACUCUAUCCUUUUUUGCACAAGUGCCAGCUCGCAGGUUAAUUUUGUCUGCCUAAUAUAUAUAUGCCACACAAAUCUGUAAUUAAUAUUUGCAGCCAUUAUUUAAUUCUGAUUUGGCAUACUUGAAAAAUAAUCUAAUUUUAGCAGCUCACAGACAGCAAUGAGCAAUAUUUCGCCAAUACUUUAUAUAUACAGCCUUGUUUAAAUGUUAAGAGCUGCAUUUAUAGUAUUAUGAACGAGUUGUGUUGAAUAUUAGGGAGAGCCAAAAUGAUAAUAAUAUAUAUAUGUACAAUGCUAUUUACAAUGGUGGUACAAUGAUAAUGACAGCUGGGAUGAGAGGGGGUGAUUUGCCUGAGAGAGAAUAUGUAGGAAUGGCAAGUUAUGAAGGGAGCAUAUUACUGUUGGUGGUGUUGGAGAUGAGGAUAUAAUAAAGCAAUUGAAAGUGACUGCCAAUUAAUAAAUAAAUAUUUAUUCUCUGAACAUGUAUCUUCGAGGACCCGUAUGAAAAAUAUUCUAGUAGAUUUGAAACUGGUUGAGGAGGCAAUAUGACGUUGAGACGAUCCAGGAGUAAGUGAUUUUGAAGGACAGUGAGGCCGACCGGGGUUAGCUAUCUCACGAGAGAGUGUAGUAGAAUUUUUUCCUGUUCUGUAAAGACGACCUCCUCGGUAUGGCAGACCUGCUCGGAAUGCUCCUCCUGUCGAUGAUUGGUGGCUGGUCACCACUCUCCGGUCUAGGCGCUGCAACAAAUGGAAAAUUCAUCAGUAGCUAACCGCACUGCACUCUUGCCAAAAUCAGCGCAAUUGUAUCCAUGGUGCCUCGUUGAAAAUGGAAGUAUUAAAAGUUGACCGUGGGCAGCAGUGCCAACAAGCCAAUU